AUGGCUGCUUCUGUUCAGCUUCCAGCGAUUUCGCAGGCACCAGUUGCCAGGGAAUUUCCAAAAGUGUGGCUGCACAGGUGAGAUAUUUUUGAACGGUAGUGCUAUAUGUUGGUGGAUCAAGUCGAUCGUAAGUCUUUAAAAUUCGGCCUCAGCGUGUUUAACGGAGGAUGCUUAUCUUAUGCAAACAGAAUAAGUACUGUAUAAUGAGUACGAAAAUAAAUAUUUCUUCAAAUGUUUUGUCCCUUCCUGGACCAGACUUGCCAAUACUUUGCUUAAGGUUUGGUAUAAUUAUUUCAUGAACAUGAUAAAAUGCGUUGCAUUAGAUUAAUCGUAGUAGCAAAGACAGUGAAACGCGCUGUAGGUAACUUAGUCAAAAACAGGAGGAUGAGACAUUUGUUUUAAGUAGAAGCGAGACCUUGGCACGCGAAUUAGCACUUAGACCUCAGUUAACGCCUGCUCGUAUAAUAAGGUUCUAACUUUUUUGAACAAGUUGGCUAGCUACAAGUUGCGGGAUUCUGGCAAAAUAAAACACUUCUAGAAAAGUUGCUCCUUAAAGAAAACUUUUUUUCCCUUUAUUAUGAAGUGUGAAAAUACACACAUACACACUAAAGAGGGGUGGUUAGAGCUGACUUUUCGCGCUUGGAAAUUGAGAAUCAAAGAAUGAAAAGUAGCUCUAAUGGGACUUAAAAUGAAUUUGUUGAUUUUUCAUCCUUAGGAAAGACAUGUCGCGGUGGGCAAAACUGGAUGUUCCUUCCCUGAAACUAGCGUCUCAACUCGACACCGAUCACUGGGCCAAGCUCAAGGGAAAAGUAAUAAGCCUUAAAUAUCAAAAUAUUUUUUCCUUUCUUUUUGGAAGUAUACAGUUGUUUUUCUACAUUCCCCAGCAUCUUGUUUUAUCAUGAUUUUAUGGUAGUCCAUCACUUCAUGUUGAACAGAAGUAAUUUUCACGCUGAAUUGAGGUUCCCGCCACCGUUCUAAAGCUGAGGAAUCUUGGGCUUUUACUAAUGCUAAGUUACUAGAUGUAGAAGAAAAAUUCAAGUAGUGAAACUAANUUGGCACGCGAAUUAGCACUUAGACCUCAGUUAACGCCUGCUCGUAUAAUAAGGUUCUAACUUUUUUGAACAAGUUGGCUAGCUACAAGUUGCGGGAUUCUGGCAAAAUAAAACACUUCUAGAAAAGUUGCCCUUAAAAGAAAACUUUUUUUCCCUUGAUUAUGAAGUGGGAAAGUACACACAUACACACUAAAGAGGGGUGUUAAGAGCUGACUUUUCGCGCUUGAAAAUUGAGAAUCAAAGAAUGAAAAGUAACUCCAGCGGGACUUAAAAUAAAUUUGUUGAUUUUUCAUCCUUAGGAAAGACAUGUCGCGCUGGGCAAAACUGGAUGUUCCAUCCCUGAAACUAGCGUCUCAACUCGACACCGAUCACUGGGCCAAGCUCAAGAGAAAAGUAAUAAGCAUUAAAUAUCAAAAUAUUUUUUUCCUUUCUUUUUGGAAGUAUUCAGUUGUUUUUCUACAUUCCCCAGCAUCCUCUUUUAUCAUGAUUUUAUGGUAGUCCUUUUUGUCAAAGAACUUUUUGGUUGAAAAUGUGACCAUCACUUCAUGUUGAACAAAAGUAAUUUUCACGCUGAAUUGAGGUUCCCGACACCGUUUUAAAGCUGAGGAAUCUGGAGCUUUACUAAUGCUAAGUUGCUAUUUAAAGCUGAGGAAUCUGGAGCUUUACUAAUGCUAAGUUGCUAGAUGCAGAAGAAAAAUUCAAGUGGUGAAAUAAUGGCUGUCUCAAUGGUGAUUAUGUCUGAGUAACUUGCGUAUUUUUUUCGUACUGGUAAACCGGCCCUUAUUGCUUUAAUUUUAUUUUUCUCUUUCGUUAGGUCCUUUUUUACUAAUUCAAAAUUUGACCCACUAUAGAUAAUGCCGAUGUUUUUCUUUUGUGGUUUCUUAUUUUAAGCUUCUCAUAAAUAGGACAGUUUUUGUACGUUUGACUAGGUUUUUCUUUCCUAAGUACAAUAUUAUUUUGCAUCCAAAGCUGCUUAAAGUUGAAUUCCCUAUUAAUUUACGUUUAUCUUCGGCUUUAGCAAGUGAUGCAAGUACAACUGAAUAGCUAGCCAUUAUUCAGUGAAUCAAGAAGACCCAUUAUCACUGGUUUCUGUCACCAAACGGGUUGGGACAUAACUAAGAAGACAUUUAAAUUACAUUUGAAAACCUAACAAGGCACUUCUGUGCGUCAUUGUAUUGGCACGCGAAUUAGCACUUAGACCUCAGUUAACGCCUGCUCGUAUAAUAAGGUUCUAACUUUUUUGAACAAGUUGGCUAGCUACAAGUUGCGGGAUUCUGGCAAAAUAAAACACUUCUAGAAAAGUUGCUCCUUAAAGAAAACUUUUUUUCCCUUUAUUAUGAAGUGUGAAAAUACACACAUACACACUAAAGAGGGGUGGUUAGAGCUGACUUUUCGCGCUUGGAAAUUGAGAAUCAAAGAAUGAAAAGUAGCUCUAAUGGGACUUAAAAUGAAUUUGUUGAUUUUUCAUCCUUAGGAAAGACAUGUCGCGGUGGGCAAAACUGGAUGUUCCUUCCCUGAAACUAGCGUCUCAACUCGACACCGAUCACUGGGCCAAGCUCAAGGGAAAAGUAAUAAGCCUUAAAUAUCAAAAUAUUUUUUCCUUUCUUUUUGGAAGUAUACAGUUGUUUUUCUACAUUCCCCAGCAUCUUGUUUUAUCAUGAUUUUAUGGUAGUCCAUCACUUCAUGUUGAACAGAAGUAAUUUUCACGCUGAAUUGAGGUUCCCGCCACCGUUCUAAAGCUGAGGAAUCUUGGGCUUUUACUAAUGCUAAGUUACUAGAUGUAGAAGAAAAAUUCAAGUAGUGAAACUAAUGACUGUCUCAAUAAUGAUUAUGUCUGAGUAACUUGCGUAUUUUUUCCGUUCUGGUAAACCGGCCCUUAUUGCUUUAAUUUUAUUUUUCUCUUUCGUUAGGUCCUUUUUUACUACUUCAAAAUUUGACCCACUAUAGAUAAUGCCGAUGUUUUUCCUUUGUGGUUUCUUAUUUUAAGCUUCUCAUAAAUAGGACACUUUUUUCUACGUUUGACUAGGUUUUUCUUUCCUAAGUACAAUAUUAUUUUGCAUCAAAAGCUGCUUAAAGUUGAAUUCCCUAUUAAUUUACGUUUAUCUUCGGCUUUAGCAAGUGAUGCAAGUACAACUGAAUGGCUAGCCAUUAUUCAGUGAAUCAAGAAGACCCAUUAUCACUGGUUUCUGUCACCAAACGGGUUGGGACAUAACUAAGAAGACAUUUAAAUUACAUUUGAAAACCUAACAAGGCACUUCUGUGCGUCAUUGUAGAAACAGAGACAUGAAAAACACAAGGAACGGGGAAUUUAUGAAGAGUAUUAGCGGUGCGCACGCGAGAACAGCGACUCAGAACCUGGUUCCAAGGGUCUCUUUCCUUCCAGUCCCCUGAAGUGAGAUAGAAAAGCUUUUGGAACGAGUCUGGAGCUGCGCAUGAGGCCUGGUAGAUAACCUGAGAUUACACCCAGUGUUAGCAGCUGUCGUACAUUCUCUCAUUCUCUCAAGAUAUGACCGAGAUUUAGCGUAACCAAGCAGAGAUUUUCGUAUAAAAAUAUUAAUUUCUCAUGCAUCCCCUUAACAUUUGUCCACAAGUGCCUGGGUGUUUUGUUUUGUUCUCAAAAAAAAAAAAUGCAGCUCAAAAUUUCUACUCACUUCAACCCAGCCUGCGAUUAGAGACUCCUUUUGUCUUCUUGAGUGAUGAGAAGAAAGGGAGGCUUUCGCUGAAUCACGUCAUUGAAGUCGCCGAAACCCGAAAUUCUUCUUCUGGGCUAGUCAAAUGGUCAAAACCGAGCUCGUUGUAGGAAGCGCACGGUCAUUUAUAGAGCUGGGUCAGGAGGCCAUAACCCGGAGUGAACAACUUCCAUGCGCUCGUGUUUUCACGGACCAGUUUAUUUUUAGAACGCUUUUGGCGCGAAUUUUGAAUAUCUUUUAAAUUUCUUAACCAGUCAGCAAAACCUACAGACCUAAAAUGAUAAUUUUCGCCUUUAAAUAACGUUUAAUUUUUCUUUUUGAUAUCUUACACUACGAAUGCGCUCAUAGCCGUGGUGGAGAUUCUAUUUUCGCGGGAAAAAGUGCCCUAGAAUGUGUCUAAAAACAAACUGGUCAGUAAAAACGCCGUGGUAUAGGCCUAUAGUAUGGGAGUUACUCCCUUCGCGUUAUGGGCUCCUGGCUGGGUUCGAAACUUUAUCUAGCAACAUGCGCUUAGCAACAUGCAGUGCAUGUUCGAAAGAUCUUUUUGGAUUCAUGCAGAGUCUUUCCCAAGUACGCUAAAAUCGAGUGAGAAAAAGAAAGUCUCUACUGACCGGGUGACUACAACUUAACAAUGGUGUUAUCAUGUUUCAGCACAUCGAAUUCGUAACUCACGUGUCCUACGGCUUCCCGCCUAAACCAAAGCAGUCUGGUCAUUCCCAUCCACAAUCAGCAGGGCUGUCAAGUGCGUUCCAGAAAUAUUACUACAACAAAAGCCAGCAUAGAGAGGAUCUAUUGAAAAGUGAGUAUUUAGGCAUGCGCGGAUUUAGGAAUGGUCCUAGUGGUAUGCGCCCUUUUUUUUCUGUGGACUUUUGUGUUAUUUUUGAGAAUUCUCGUUUCCGAAUUUUUUGGAUCCGCCCCUGUUAGGAACUAUGUUAAGAAAGGAUGUAACAUAUUCCAAAAUAAGAGGAUUUUAGUUAACCAAUGAAAGUAACACCUUGCGAAAGUUACCUACUAGUCUGGAGUAAAUUCAUUUAAAAACUCCUCUGCGCUCUGUACAGAACUAUUCAGGUCGCGUUUGAGGACACUGUAUCAUAAAUAAACACAAGGGUAGGGAAAAUUGACUGCGUAAGGCGGGAAAGCAUUCUAUGGUGAAAAAUUAAAUAUAAACAUCGUUUAUGACAGUUGUGUCAUUGUAAAAUCACGAUUCGGGUGUGACCGUCCGUGCAAAAGUUGAGUAACAGCCAAAAGGGCGGCAUGUAUGUUUUAACUAGCCAUAUAUCCACGAUGAGAGUAUAGAGGCAAGACUUGCAUACAAAUCCUCAGCAUAGCUUGAUAUUGUUUUCUGCUUAGAAUCCUUUACAAUGUACCAACAAGGCAAACCGGUGGGGAAAGAAGCUUCGCUCAGAGCAAAUAAGCAACAUCGGCCACAGGUUCAGAAAAGGCCAUCUGUAUACAACCAGCGCGCCAAGGAAGGAUUCAAGUUCUGGCUGGAAGACGAUCCAAUGAUCAACAGAGUUUCACGUAAGAAUGCGAGUUAAACAUUUGGUUCGCGUAUACCGCAUUUUCUAAAUUUAAUGACUGGUGUUUGUUUCAAACUUUGCCCGGAAGACAUAGCGUUUGCUUUAAAGUCUGUCUAUUCUGUCCUGUAUUUUUAUACCUUUCCAUGGCAUUGGUGCUUUGGUAUUUACCCCUGAAAGCAAAUUACCUCAAGAAACUUUUGAUAACUUUUAACCUCUCUUUCGCAAAUGAGUUUUCUUUCACACACAAUUAUUUUCAUUUGAAUGAUUAUGCACCAGCCUCGCUUUUCAUGGGUAAUUCCCUUUCCGAAAAUUAUUAGGGGAAUAGUUACAAGCUCACGCGGCAACGAUUUCUGGAUUCGUUUGGGUGGACAAACGUUAGUUAUGAUUGGUUAAAAGUUACCUUGAAUACCAUCGACCAAUCAUAACUAACUUCUCCACCCUAACUAUCCCAGAAAUCACUGCGCCCAAGGCUUGUACUCGUCCUCCCUAGAGCCUUUCUAAGGUGGGGAAUUCAGUGAAAUGGCAUUUCUUUUGUUUUUUGUUGUCUUUUUUUCAGUUUGUUCCAAGUAUACUUUUGGCUCAAAGAGCACAUUCCAUGGACUGGGAAAUGCUCCAAGGAACUGA